AUGGCCGACGAAAAGAAUCUUCCGGACGAAGCAGCCGCUGAAAAAUGCGAAUUCAAGGUGUAUCGACACGUUCAAAAGAAAGAGGGAGAAGUGUCUGUCAAGGUUGUCAAGAAGCCAUUUGAAGCCCUUAACCUAAGCGACAAAGACGCUUCGUACGCGCUCGUUAUCAAUCGUCACUUUGGUGACAAGUACGAGCUCACGAAAUUUACUCUUGCGAUCAAUUCAAAGCGUCUUCAAAAAUUCUUCCAAGAGCUUAUCUGUUCCUAUGCCACCGUCACAUCAGUUUUCAAAUCGUCUUUCACGCUGAAAAGCCCAUUCCAAAUUCUGCUACACCAUUGGGAAAAUUUUGAUGCUCGUCGGCAAUCAACAGAAGAUGUGAACGAGCGGAUGCAUCUCAACCUUUUAUUUGAUUUCAUGACACAUGAGAUCGGCCCGGAGAGAGAUGAGCUAUUGGCGAUGGUGCGAAAAACCCAAAUCAAGUAUCUGAAUGCGUGGUUUAUCUUCAUCUUCCGUCCCGGAGAUCUGGCUUAUACCAAAUUUCUGGGCUACCCACAGCUCUUGAGGUGUGAAAAAACAGCAUACGAAGAGAACCAGCGCCUAGCAAUCAUUACUGAGCUCCCUGUGUUUCCGCGCAAGUUUGUCUCAGAAGGAGACACCUUAGAAACCCAGCUUCGAGAGCGUGGCCAGAAGUUCCUAGCCCUCCGCGGUGUGCGUGUUCAGCACUAUGAUGGCCAGGCACAAUUCUUGAAAGAGCCGGAUUUCGAGUAUUUCCAUCCCUCCAUGCGAAUUUGA